AUGCCGCCAGCCUUCACCCCGUCAUCACCCUCAUUCACCUUGACGUCUUCAAGACACUCCAGUCGACAUUCCACAGGUGGAAUGCACCAUGUUAUUGACCGGUUUGCCAGGGAAAAUGUGAUCGCAGAUUCGACUAUGCUACCCGCCCUCACCCGUCGGCUUAAGGCCGUGCAAGACUUCGUAGGCAGGGUUCACGGCGUUCUAGCGACCCUCGAAAAUCUUGGAGUCCUAACUCUGCCCCGCAAUUCCGCCAUUAUUUUACCUGGUCCCAGUGACCCCCCCGGGGAGCGGAUUGACAGGCUCUCAAUCAGAGUCACUGCAGCAGAGCGGUAUGCCCAAUCAAUCGACGACCUCUUCAACGAGCUGGGUCACAACAUGCUCAAGUUAUCGAACGAGAGCGAGCGCGAAGCGGUCAUUAGCGCUAUCAUUCAAUGCAGCCUCUUUUCUCGUUCCGUCCCAUCUGAAACUACCUUCCACGAAUAUUGCCUCUACUUUCGGGACCUGAUGGCGAAUGCUCACCCAAAUAUAGAGCAAGACAAGCAACUCUGCGUCCUGGAAAUGCGCUACUGCGAUGUCCAGAGACAGUGUUCAGAUAUUUUCAUGGCCUUCAACCUCUUACAGGUUAAAGCUGAACGGGAAAGCACUCUUUCCCCUCGUCUUUAG